CUGAUUGGUUGUUCUUUAGUUGCUUGGAUACAUUUUCUAUUUCAUUUUCUUUUAUUUGUGAUUCUCUUUUUCUUUCAUUUUUGGUUUUCUUCUUCAUCUAUUCGCUUUUGUUUUGAAUUUUUCUUGAUGUAAUCUUACCAUUUAUCUUGUUCCGUGUUCUUCUUGGACUUUUGUUUUAUCAUUUGGACUGUUCAAAAUGUCCAAUUGGACCCCAAAAGAGGGUAAAGGUGGUCAUCCGCCGUUUCAACCUCGACCACCCAUUUAUCAGGCAACUGAAUUUGAUGGUAAACGAUUGAGAAAAGCUAUUGCCAGAAAAACAGUUGAUUAUAAUACCUCGAUUGUAAAUAUGCUUGAAACAAAAAUCUGGACUAAAAAUCAUUAUGAUAGGAGAGCCAUUCAACCUGAUUAUGGUUAUUAUCCUCAAUUAUUACCUCCGAUGUCUUUUGUUGAUAAUCCGGUUAAUUGUGUUACAACUAAAUUUGUUCGUACAUCAACUAAUAAAAUGAGAUGUCCAAUAUUUUGUGUUCUUUGGACACCUGAAGGUCGACGUUUAGUAACUGGUGCCUCAAGUGGUGAAUUUACCCUUUGGAAUGGGUUAACAUUUAAUUUUGAGACAAUUUUACAAGCUCAUGAUUCCGCUGUUCGAGCAAUGGUUUGGUCUUCAAAUGAUAUGUGGAUGGUAACUGCUGAUCAAUCUGGUAAUGUCAAAUAUUGGCAGAGUAACAUGAACAAUGUUAAAAUGUUUCACGCUCAUGAUGAUCCAAUUAGAGGUGUUUCAAUGAGUCCAUCGGGAAAUAAAUUUGCAACUUGUUCAGAUGAUGGAACCAUAAAGAUAUGGGACUUUUUCAAUUGUAUUGAAGAUCGAACCCUUCGAGGACAUGGAUCUGAUGUGAAAGCUGUCGAUUGGCAUCCAGAAUAUGAUCUAAUUGUUUCAGGCAGCAAAGAUAGUCAACAACCAAUUAAACUAUGGGAUUCGAGAAGUGGAACCAAUUUAGCGACCAUACAUGCUCAUAAAAGUACAGUGAUGGACGUGAAAUGGAACCAAAAUGGAAAUUGGCUUCUAACCGCUUCACGAGAUCAUUUGAUCAAAAUUUUCGAUAUUAGAAAUGUAACAACGGAAAUGCAAGUUUUCAGAGGCCAUAAAAAGGAAGCUUGUUGCUUAGCUUGGCAUCCAGUCCACGAAUCUCUUUUCGCUAGCGGUGGAUCAGAUGGAUCCAUUUUAUUCUGGCUCGUAGGAACUGAAAAAGAAGUUGGUGGAAUGGAAUUAGCUCAUGAUUCUGUUGUAUGGUCAUUAAGUUGGCAUCCUUUAGGUCACAUCUUAGCCUCUGGAUCUAAUGAUCACACUUGUAAAUUUUGGACAAGAAAUCGUCCUGGUGAUAGAAUGGGUGAUAAGUAUAAUCUUAAUAUAAUGAAAGGACAAGAAGAAGUCGAAUAUGAUGAAGUUGAACCUUUUCCCUCUAUACCGGGUAUUACUAGAGGAGAGAAUGAGGAAGAUAUUUUCCCGGAAGAAAUGGUUGCUGGCAAAUCUAUCCCAGGUCUCGGUUUACCUGUUGAAUCAAAUAGUGAAAAUAAAUCAGAAGAAGGAGGUGAACAACAAAAUCAAAGAAAAGUUCCAUUCUCUAAACCUGUUCCAAAAGAGUUUGCUAAUCAAUGGUCUGAUAGGAAAUCUCAUUCUGUGAUAGCUCCAUCAAAUGAAAUUGAUAGACAAUAUAAUCCUGAUCAUCAUCAUCCUCAUCACAUGAACUCAAAUUCAUCUCAACAACCUAAUCAUUUACCACCAAACCAACCUCCAAAUGGACCUCCAUACAUCCAUGGACCUCCACCAAUGGGACCACCUCAUCAAUAUCCUCCUGGUCCACCUUUACAUCCAAUGGAUCAUCCCAUGGAUGGACCUAUGGGCUAUGGUGGUCCACCUGUUCAUGGUCCAAUGCACGGUCCAGGACCAAGUGGACCCAAUAUGCCCCCUGGAGGUCCACCAUCAAUGCCUCCUCACAUGAGACGUGAUGAUAUGCCUCGAGGAGGUAAUGAUUAUCAUUACAAUAUGCAUAAUGAACGUUAUCAUCAAAUGCCUCCUCCUCACUCGAUGCCUCCCCAUCAUCCUAAAGACAAGUUUUCUCAUAGAAAUCAACACCCGCCAUCUCAUUCACCCCCACCAAUGGGCAGUGGAGGUAACAUGUACAACGAUAUGCCCGGGCCAGAUUAUCAUAGACGUGAUAUGCGUUGGAGAGAAGAUGAUUAUAAUCGUGGACGUGAUGAAGAUUUUAGGAGGCACAACUACGAACCUCGAGGUCCUGGCUGUGAGCCACCCUGGAGACGUCCACCUCCUCCUCCUGAUGAAUAUCAUUGGAGACCAAAUUAUCCACAAAAUGAUGUCAGAUGGAGACGAGAUAUGAGAGGCGGUGGUCCACCAAAUGAUCAAAGAUGGGACUGGGAUAGGCAAGGUGAUCAUCAUAGACAAGCUCAUCAUUGAAAUUGAUUCUCUCACUCGCCAUUUAAAUAAAAUGUAAAAUCUAAUCUAAUUUAAAGAUUUUCAACAAAAUUUUGUCUAUCGUUAUUAUCACAUGGACUUUUAUAUAACUUGAGAUUUUUUUUUGUUAUAUUUUCAGAACGGAAGAGGAAGUUGAUGGAAUGAAGUUAACUCAUGAUUCUGUUAUUUGGCCAUUGAGUUGGAAUCAAUUAGGUCACAUAUUAGCCUCUCGAUCUAAUGAUCACACUUAAUAUGUGUUUACAUUUUUCUACGACAAAUGAAUAUACUCCUUUGUUAUUCACAUUAAAGAUUUAUUAACAGCAAUUUAA